GUGGUACCAUAAGUUCCUUCCUCGUCUCUUCAAUAGAGUAGUGCAGAUGUGUUCUAUCAGCCCACACAGGGGGUGGCCUUCCACACAGCAUCACUUCCAACAGUAUCUCUGCACAUGUGGGUUGUGAGACAGCAGAGCUCCAGUGGAGAGAGUGUGUUAGCCUGAGUGAGCCUUGAGCCUACUGCAGGAGUUCUACACGUAUCCAAGUCUUGCCUUAUCCAGCCCAAUCCAGCCAUUUUCUGACACGCCAAGCCCAGCCGAAACGAGCACAGCCCGAUCAAGCUCUUCACAACCCAGCCAUGGAUUCCAUGUCCUCCCUGAGCUCCUCAACCUCCUGCCCCUACCUGUACCUCUGGAGUAAUAGCAUCACCAACAACAGCAGUAGAAGCAGUAUUAGCAACAAUGUGAUCCUGGAGCACUACAACCACACAGGGCGCCUGCAGCACCGCGGGCCCCGCCAAGGUGGCCUGAGCUUGGGCGCGACCCUCUCCCUCUUCAUCAGCAUCCUCAUCAUCCUGGAGAACCUGCUGGUCCUGGUGGCCGUGCUCUCCAGGAUCCGCAACAGCCACCGCUGGGUCUACGUGUGCAUCGCCAACAUCACCCUCAGUGACUUGCUGGCUGGGGCGGCCUACGUGGUCAACAUCUGCAUGUCUGGCAGCCAUACAUUCAGACUGAGCCCAGCUCUGUGGCUGUUCAGGGAAGGGGUGAUGUUUGUGACCUUGGCUGCCUCGAUCUUCAGCCUGCUGCUGAUAGCAGUGGAGCGCUACACCGCUAUGAUGAAGCCGCUGCACCAGAAGUCAGCCAGGAAGACAUGUCGUAUCUACGGCCUGGUGGCGCUGUGCUGGAUCCUGGCCUUCGCCAUCGGCUUCCUCCCCCUGCUGGGAUGGAACUGCGUGUGCAGCCUGGAGAGCUGCUCCACCCUGCUGCCGCUCUACUCCAAGAGCUACAUCUUCUUCUCUCUGCUCAUCUUCUCCCUCAUCCUGCUGGCCAUCGGUGUGCUCUACGGCGCCAUCUACUGCCACGUGCGCAGCAGCGCCAAGGUGGGAUCCCAGCGCAGCCGCAAGCGAUCCCUGGGGCUCCUGAAGACGGUCAUCUCCAUCGUGGGUGUGUUCAUCAUGUGCUGGGGCCCUCUGUUCGCCCUGCUGCUGCUGGACUUUUUCUGUGUGUCGCGGCAGUGUGCGCCCCUCUUCAGUGCCGACUGGGUCAUUGCUCUGGCCGUGCUCAACUCUGCUCUGAACCCUGUCAUCUACGCCCUGGGUAGCACAGAGCUGAGGAAGGCCAUCGCAGGGCUGCUGUGCUGCUGCUGCCUCAGGGCAGGCCUCUGUCACCCUGAUGCCUUCGUGUCCAAGGAGACCAGCAGCACGGGGAGCACCAGGCAUAGUAGCCUGAGGAACAGUUUCAAUAAGGUCAGGAGUUUCAGUAUCAGCCCCCCGCCUGCACCCAAGGCCCCCAAGAAGAGCCGCCUCAGCUCCACCACCAGCUGCCUGUCUGUGUCGAGCGGUUAGACCACAAAGGGCUGCCUGGGGCAGACAUAGAUGCGAAAGAGAGCUCUCUUUGUGUGUGUGUGUGUGUGUGUGUGUGUGUGUGUGUGUGUGUGUGUGUGUGUGUGUGUGUGUGUGUGUGUGUGUGUGUGUGUGUGUGUGUGUGUGUGUGUGUGUGUGUGUGUGUGUGUGUGUGUGUGUGUGUGUGUGUGUGUGUGUGUGUGUGUGUGUGUGUGUGUGUGCGUGUGUGUGUGUGCGUGCGUGCGUGCGGGUCUGUGGGUGUGGGUCUGUGUGCGGGUGUUGGAAUUUAGAGAAAGCCCGCUAGCACAAGGCUAGCAUUUUUCAAAACAGGGUAGUAGAAAAUGUAUCUCAUUGGCACAACUAUGAAGAUACAGCCUUGUUACAGCCUAGAUACAAGCAUGAUGCAGCCAUGAAGAAACUAUGAAGAAACAGCCUUGAUACAACUAUGAAGAUACAGCCUUGAUGCAGCCUUGACACCACCAUGAUACAACUAUGAAGAUACAGCCUAGAUACAAGCAUGAUGCAGCCAUGAAGAAACUAUGAAGAAACAGCCUUGAUACAACUAUGAAGAUACAGCCUUGAUGCAGCCUUGACACCACCAUGAUACAACUAUGAAGAUACAGCCUAGAUACAAGCAUGAUGCAGCCAUGAAGAAACUAUGAAGAAACAGCCUUGAUACAACUAUGAAGAUACAGCCUUGAUGCAGCCUUGACACCACCAUGAUACAACUAUGAAGAUACAGCCUAGAUACAAGCAUGAUGCAGCCAUGAAGAAUCUAUGAAGAUACAGCCUU